AUGAUAUUUUUCUACCACGACAAGCGACGGGCAGUGAACAAACUGCCAAAGGACAGUGAAAGCCAGGAAUCGGACGUCUCAUCGUCUCACUGCUAUUUUUCACUGUACGCUAUUAAGAAUUACUUCACUGAAACAAGUCAAAUAUUUAAACGGGAAUGGCAGCUGAGUACACCGUCGUUCCCGUUUGACGAGGAACUACCACGUACUCGGGAAACGACCAAGCAAUGGCUGGGCGAGGUCUCCAUGGAAGCAAAU